AAAGUCUUCAAAUCUCAGAGAAACUGCCCUCACAGUUUUUCGACAGGUUGACAGAUGGUGCGCUUCCGCGGACGAUGAAGAUGAUAUCGAGCCUCUCGAAGUGCUUUCCCGUAGACUUCUCUCUCCAGUAAUUAACCAGCUGACCCACGACGAGGUGAUCAUCAUCCCUGACGGUCCUCUGUUCAUGGUGCCAUUUGCUGCUCUUCAAGACCCAGUGACCGGCAAGUAUUUGUCGGAGACUAAGCUCAUUCGCUUGGCUCCUUCUCUGACGACGCUGAAAAUUCUACAAGAAUCCUCAGACGAAAAUUAUGCUAAGUCAGGGGCGCUGAUCAUUGGAAACCCUACAGGGGAUUUACCUGGUGCAGAGAAAGAAGCCGUCGAGAUUGGUAACCUUCUCGGUGUUCAACCAUUGAUAGGAAAACAAGCAACAAAAGAAGUCAUUUUGGAGAAACUAAAGCGAGACGUGUCCGUGAUCCACUUUGCUGCACACGGCAGAGAUAAAAAUGGCCAGAUCUUACUUGCUCCUUCUACUCCUCCGAUGAAUUCGUGUCCAGCGGAUGACAAGUACAACAUCUUGACCAUGAAUGAAGCACAGGAGAGCGGAAUUCGUGCUCAACUGGUUGUGCUGAGCUGUUGUCACAGCGGUAAAGGUGAAAUAAGGUCUGAGGGAGUGGUUGGAAUUGCUCGAGCCUUUCUUGCUGCAGGAGCUCGUGCUGUUGUAGCGUCAUUAUGGGCCAUUGACGACAGAGCAACAAAAUUCUUCAUGCUGAAAUUCUAUUCGCAUCUCAAGAAUGGAGAGAGUGCGAGUAAAAGUCUUCAGCAAGCAAUGAAGGAGAUGAGAGAAAUAGAGAGAUACAAGGAACCAAAAUACUGGGCAGCCUUCUUUCUAAUUGGAGACGAUGUAACCAUCACAGUGUAAUAGAAUUGUUGGAUGAACAUUUUUAGAACAUUGAUAAGUUUAGUUUUGUAGUUUUCAUAGAUAAAUGUGACCUGACUGACAAAGUGCAAAUACUAAAAUAAGAGUGAUCGCUCUUAAACCGUCCAACUGUACAAACUAAAUAGUGCUAUUUAGUUGUAUUUAGUAAAUCGUGCAUGUGGUACGAAAAUUAAAUUGAAUUGAUACAAAUGAAGAAUUCAAUAACAUCUUGCUUCCAGUCCACUUUUAGUACAAAUUAGUACUACUUAGAUUUAAUUGUACAGUUGCACGGUUUAUUUAAGUGCGAUCUCUCUAGCAUUUUGGCGAAUGGUUAGUACUUUUCAAUGGUUAGCGAUUGUAUAUCAUAAGUGACUCUCAAGUGAUCAUACAGCUGUCAUGUAAUGUAUAGAUUUGAUAGUAUGGACACUGUGGAAAAACUCUAAAUCAACACAAUUAAUACCGGCAGUGAACAAUAACCAAAUGUUAUAAAUUCAAAAACAUGUCGUUACAGCGGAAAUCGUUGCAUCGCGACCUCUUUGUUUUGAAGUUUGUCUGGAUUUUGUUCUUUCUUUCAAUCUGAGGGGCGGAGCUUUUCGAAAACUCGUUCAAUCAUUGGCUGAUUAGUAUCAAGCUCAGCCCCCAAGUCGCAGAAAAACCUAAAUCGCAAGUAUUUC